UUUUUUUUUGAUUAUCCACUUCUUACUUACCUCUGAGGCAAAGUUUGACGCAAAACGUUUGUUCCAAUCCUUAGGACAGUCUAGGUCCUUCAGCUCCCGUAGUCGUCUGCGACUACUGUUGGGGCAACAUAAUGUAGUCUGCCCCUUUAAGAGGACUGAACCCCUGUUGAACCAAUCGGGGACUCGUAGUUUAUUCUUCUGACCAAUCGCAGACGUUCACCCUCCUGUACGUCACUAGUUUACGGAAAAUGUAUUAAGGCAUCGACAGUUGGCCAGAAUAAGAUGGAUUUUGUCGUUUUUGGCUAAAGCAUUUACUGGUAACGGUUUGAAAAAACGAUUGAGCAGCACACCGCUUUAUUUAAUUGUCACAACAGCUACUACGAAACAGACUUCGGCUCCCGAUGUGGAUUUAUUUUGAAAGGUGUGGCGGAUGUGUCCUCGCUGUUCGUUAGCCUGACAAUGUAGUGCAGCGCGGUGUGUGGAGAAUAGCUGUAGCUGCACGCGUAAACUUUCCACCUGUCUAAAGAUUGUUCUGACUCUAAGAAGUGUCAGGGUUGAAGCUGGGAUCAUGGCGGAACGGGAGGAGCGCCGCUUCGCCGAGGUCUCCCGGGAGUCCGUCAAACUCAUGGCCGAGAGUGCCGGCGUGGAGCUCGGCGACGACGUGGCCGCACGCCUGGCUGAGGACGUGUGUUACCGGCUGAGGGAAGCGGCUCAGAGUAGCUCUCAGUUCAUGAGACAUGCCAAGAGGAGGAAGCUGACGGUGGAGGACUUCAACAGAGCUCUGAGAUGGAGCAACGUGGAGGCCGUCUGUGGCUACGGAGCACAGGACACUCUCCCAUUCCGUUCUGUAAAGGAAGGCGAACUUUUCUUUGUGGAGGAUCGAGAUAUCAACUUAGUCGAGUUGGCUCUGGCCACCAAUAUUCCCAAAGGCUGUGCUGAGACCAUGGUGCGAGUGAAUGUAUCGUACCUGGAUGGUAAAGGCAACUUGGAGCCUCAAGGGACAGUUCCCACUGCAGUACAGUCUCUGUCAGACGACUUGCUGAAGUACUACCAGCAGAUCACACGGGCCAUCCUGGGAGACGACCCUCACCUCAUGAAGGUGGCCCUACUGGACCUUCAGUCCAACUCCAAGAUCGCUGCCCUUUUGCCAUACUUUGUUUAUGUCAUCAGUGGGGUGAAGUCAGUCAGCCAUGACCUGGAGCAGCUCAACAGGCUUCUCCACAUGGUUAAGAGUCUAGUCCAGAACCCCUAUCUAUAUCUGGGCUCCUACGUGCGCAGCCUGGUCUCCAGUGUCAUGUACUGCAUCCUGGAGCCGCUGGCUGCCUCCAUCAACCCGCUCAACGACCACUGGACCCUCAGGGACUAUGCUGCUCUUCUUCUCAGCCACAUAUUCUGGACUCAUGGUGAUCUGGUGAGUGGUCUUUACCACCAGAUCCUGCUGUCCCUCCAGAAGGUCCUGUCAGACCCAGUGAGACCUCUCUGCUCCCAUUAUGGAGCUGUUGUGGGGCUUCAUGCCCUCGGGUGGAAGGCUGUUGAGAGAGUGCUCUUUCCCCACCUUCCUGCUUAUUGGGCCAACCUGCAGGCAGUCUUGGACGACUACUCUGUUUCCAAUGCCCAGGUCAAAGCAGAUGGACACAAGGUGUAUGGCGCCAUCCUGGUGGCAGUAGAGCGCCUGCUAAAGAUGAAGACUCUGUCUCUGUCUCAGCCGGCAGAGGGGGCUCCCAAGGGUCAUUCUGGUUCUGUGGCUGGUGCUGUGGGUUACAGGGUGAGCUCCCCUGGCCUCAGCCCUCCUCCAGAGCCUCUGUCAGAGGCUGCGCUGGGAAUCGCCAGCCAUCUUCAGGUGGGUGGGGCAGGUUGUCCCUGGGAGGAAUGGACCCCGGUUUCCCUCCCUGAUAUGUACUCUGAGCUCUACUCCUUCUUUGGAGACAGCCUGGCAGUCAGAUUUAGCACAGGCCCAGGGUUUGGCAGCUACUCUCCAUGCACACACCCCCAGCUCAGUGAGGCUAGGAAGGAAGCACCUGGCCCUGCCUCCAACCCUGACACUACCCGAAAAAUGCCCCAGCUGACCGCCAACCUCAACAUCAGUCCCAGGCAAGAUGGGAGUCCUCGCACCGAUCCACCCCCACCCUGCCUGGCUGUCACAGGAUCAGGGAGGUCCCUGGCUCGCUCCUCUUCCUCCUCCUCCACCUCAUCUGUGCAGCGAUCCAGGUCGUCUUCCUCACGUUCAGGUCAGCGCUCAGCAGGUCUGUCUCGAGAUGUUUUCCCCAAAGCUCGCUUCACAUCUCCUCAGACGGGACCUGCAGUGUUCUCCUUUCUCAUUGGUGGGCGACAAAUGGGUCGCCGUUGCCAAGGCCGCCGUCCCUUUCAGACAACCUUUGCGCCUUCUGCACCUCUUGCUGCAAUCCCACCACGUGCCUACGCCCACAAGCUGCCUGUCAUAGGCAGAGUGGGCAAACCUGUCCGCCGCUGGACAUGUUCCCAUUAUUCCCUUCACCUGCCUCUUUGAAGAACUCACACUGUACUAAGGGAUGUUUGACUGUUCAAACAGUUAAGAGGAUUCAGUUUAUAAUCACAACACCCAGAGUUUACAGAGAACAGUUUCUGUUCUAACACAUGUCAAGUCACUGUGUGCUGGUGUUAAAUAUGUCUGACUUGGGUGUCUCUGUGGGAAGAUCAGAAGAAAAACAUUUGUACUGUAUAUUGUCUGGUCUUAGUCAUAUGGAAUCACUGUUUAUUUCAGAAUGUAGACAACGCACGUUAACUUUUUGAAAACUGACAUCUAUUCCAACAACUUUAAUAAAACACUUUCAGUCAUUACUGAAGAUGUUAUCAGCCAUGUAGUAAUCAAUGUGUAAUCAGUGUAAUGUAGUAGUCAAGUCACGGACACAACAGUUACCGUAGUAUUUUAAUGGAUGGGUCAGAAAACCACACACACUGAUGCACAUGACCUUCUUUGUUUUGAUGGUUGACAUUACACAGAAACAGAGAAAAGACUGGAAUGGAACAGUAUCAUGAAGCCGCCACAGAGGUUGUUAAUUUCUGGAGAACUGAACUGAUGAACUGAUAAGUCGCAGUGUUUAGAAGACGCCUGUACAUAUCUGAUGUUUUAUACAAUAAAUAGACUUUGAGACUUUCCUUCA